AACAGCAGCAGAAGAGCAGCAAGCGUCGCCUCUCCCAUGCGAUGAUCAUCCGCAAAGCUGGAAAAUGGAAUCCUACGCGUCGCCGGCGCUGAACCAGCCGCCGCCGUCUGAGAGCGAGCGAGAGCGCAUCCGCGAGCUGUCGCAGUAUUACUGCACCAUCCGAGCGGCGGAGUCGGAGGCGACGACAGAGUCUGAGACGACGACAGCUCCCUCGCUAUCGCGCGAUAUCGCGCUGACGGCCUUGACGCAGCUGGCGGUGCAUCGCUUCGGCUGCGACCGUGCGUUUGUCUCGCUGAUCGACGGCCAGAACCAACACAUCCUGGCCGAGGCGACGGCGUCGAUCUCCCUGCGGGACAGCCGGGUCCACCGCGCCGGCGAGGGGAUCUACCUUGGCGUCACCACGUUGGAUCUGGCCUUUGGCGUGUGUCCGCAUGCCGUGAAGCUGUUCACCGGCCAGCCGGUGCCGGUUCUGCAGAACACGGCCAACAUGACCGCGACCAAGACGCGGUUCGUGGUCAAGGACUUCACCGCCGAAGCCCAUUUCAAGGACCGCCCCUACGUGCUCGACUGGCCGUAUUUCCGCUUCUACGCAGAGGUGCCCAUCUACAGCGUCUCCUCGGGUUAUGUGCUCGGCAGCUUCUGCGUCGUCGAUAACAAGCCCCGCGUCGAGUUUGGCGACGCCGACGUCGCGGCCCUGCAGGAGAUCUCGGACGCGAUCGCCAGCCAUCUCGAGAAUGUCCGGAUUCGAAACUCGCACCGUCGCGCCGAUCGCCUGGUCCAGGGGCUUACCACUUUCGUCCAGCAGGGCCAGACGCAGCUUUGCUCCGCUUCGUCUUCCACUCAUGCUCUCAGGGGAGCCAGUCUGUCGGGCCUCCGUGAUUCAGUUGACGAGUCUCUCUCCCCGAUGCAAGAUCUGUCCAUCUCUGCUAAGACGACCAGGUCGCCCUCGCUACUGCGCUCCAGGCAACUCUCCGACACGGAGGGAACCUCCAUUCAAGACUCGGACAAUCAGCAAAACCACCACCAUGUCGACGACGAGACCACUGCGGCGGGAGCAGUCGAGACCAUGGCUGUCUCAAGUCGCCUCACGGCUAUUUUCGCCCAUGCCGCUUCUCUCCUCAGGGGAUCAAUGGAUCUUGCGGGAGUGCUUUUCCUGGAUGCCUCGCGGUGCAAUGGCGGAAUAGUCGAGUCAGAGUCCGAAUGGCCGUUUCCUCAUACUAACGAUCAUUCUCCUUCGGGUGGAACAGAGAUCCUAUCCUUUGAAGGAGACGGCGAUGCUGUGCAGUUCACCAGAAUGGACUCUCUCUUACAAUACCUGGUCGCUACAUAUCCACAGGGGGGCAUAUUCGAUUUGACAGAAGGAGACGAAGGAGACCAACAACAACAACAGAGCAGCCCGGUGGGCGAACUGCGUCGAUAUUUCUCCCACUCGGCCAUCUUCCUCCCUCUCUGGGACUGGGAAAAGAGCCAAUGGCUCGCGGGCACCUUUCUCUGGACGGCCGGCCACUCGCGCGCCCUGGGGCCCGACGAACUGCACUACUUCAAAGUGUUUGGCGACUCGAUCGUCUCCGAGGUGGCCCGCGUCAACUGGGACGUCCAACAGCAGGCCAAGUCCACCUUUGUCUCGUCCAUCAGCCACGAGUUGCGCUCGCCGCUGCACGGCAUGCUGGCCGGGACGGAGCUGCUCGCUGCGACAGAACUGGCGGACGAGCAGCGCGAUCUGCUUACCACAGUAGAGACCUGCGGCGUCACUCUCCUCGACACGAUGAAUCAUUUACUCGAUUUUACGAAAAUCAACAGCUUGACCGACGGGUCGACGAUAACGACGUUUGAUCUUGCACGGCUGGUGGAAGACGUCGUCACGACAAUGUACAUGGGGAGGAGAAGCAGUAGACCGCAUAAAGAGAGUGCGAAGCUAUCUGUCGUUCUUCGCAUCGAAGACGACUGGACCGUGCAGUCGAUUACGGGCGCCUGGCGACGGAUCGUGAUGAACAUCCUCGGCAAUGCUCUCAAAUACACGCCCGCCGGGUUUAUCGAGAUUAGUCUCUCACGGGCUGCUGCUAGUACUGCUGCUACAUCUCUAGCCCAUCUUCGUGUAACAGAUAGCGGGCAAGGGAUGUCGGCGUCCUUCCUGCGGAACAAGCUCUUCACGCCGUUCGCGCAGGAAGAUGCUCUCGCCGACGGGGUCGGACUGGGCCUGAGCAUCGUGCAGCAAUUGGUUGGCCAGCUCGAUGGCUCGAUCGAUAUCCAGAGCGAGCGAGGCGUGGGUACCCAAGUCGACAUUUACAUUCCGAUAGACAUGAACGCUGUGAGUGUACAAGAGAACCCUCCGAAAGAGGCAGUACCCACAACGCACUUCUGUUUGAUCGGACUGAAUGCCCUCCCCGAUCUGAAAGAGGCACCAACAGGCACGCUGGACGCCGAGGCAAAACGCCGGCUCUGCAUCCGGCGUUUCCUGACGCAUCUGAUUCCCUCCCAGCCGGGCUGGAGUCUUUCCUUUGCCGAAACGCUCGACCAGGCCAGAGGAGAUGUCUUGAUCGUCGAUCCGGAGCUGAGCAAGAGUGCCCUUGAUGAGACGGCCGUUCUUUCUGUCCUUGUCGGAGAGAAGACGGAACAUCUGUCCCAGCCACUCUCGCCUCGCAAGGUCCUCAAGGCAUUACAGAGCAUCUGUGGGCAGUUCCACUCUGCGCCCUGCAUUCAAGACCAACCGGUCCAUCCGUGUAGACAUGCAUUGCUUGUCGACGAUAACGAAAUCAACCUAAAGAUCCUCGCCAAAUACAUGGCUAAACUGGGGUAUACAUAUGAAACAGCCCUGAACGGCGCAAUCGCCGUGGAAAAGUACAAAUCUAAUACAUUCGACAUCAUUCUAAUGGUUCAAGAUAUCUCCAUGCCCGUCAUGAACGGCCUGGUCGCCACCCGCCACAUCCGCACCCUCGAGCAAGUCGACAAAGACGAGAAAGUCAAGAUCUACGCCGUGACGGGCGUCGCCUCGGCGGACAUGCAGACGCAGGCACGCGCGGCGGGAGUGGACGGAUACCUUGUGAAGCCAUUAUCAUUGACUGCUUUGGCGUCUGAGUUGAAUUCCUGUAUAUAA